GGGUAUUAAGACAGCAGCAGCAGAGCAGAUGCUGUUGCUAGGUCGCCGAGACGACUCGAGGGACCCACUAUUUCUUUCCCGAAGAAGAGAGAAGCGCCAUUUAGGUAUGGCACUAUUCCGCUAUUCCACUAAUUAUUCCACUGCUACUAUUCUAUUAUUCCACUGACCGAUACUUUAAUCUUUUUUUCCCAUUUUAUCAUCACUAGCAAUAAAACAUCAUUCGAUCGCUCAACUGCUGUUACUGUUGCUAGCACCGUUUUUUGCUCGAUAGGGUUGGUCCCCAGGCCUUUCCCUCUCUUCAUUCGCAGUUGAUUUUUUUUUAUCGAGUGCUACUCGAUAUUUCUCUGCUAUUGGUUGCAUAUCAUCUGCAUUAUUACCUACGAUUCCCAUAAUACAGAAAUUCAACCUCCAGCUCCGCUAGAAUCGUAAAAAAGAAUAACUCUGCCCACCAUGUCGGGCACUAUGAGAGGAACCCCUAGUCGCCAGGGAAAUCGUCAACCCAAUCCCUUCGCCCAAGGAAGUCCUGCCAAUUCCAAUAUUCCAAGACCGGUCCUCGAUACUCAUAACAACCACUCCCACCAACCUGCUCCGAGCGACGCCGCUUCCGGUAUCAGUGCGAGUAGACAGAAGCAGACCAAGCGAGAUGAGGCUAUCCGACGAAAGCUGGAGAGCGAUCUCUCCAAGAAGAAGCACCUCACCGGCCGAGCCCGACACUCGCGCAAAGCUCCUCCUGGAACCGUCCUUGCCCUCAAACCGAGCCCCGCUCUUCAGAUUAAGCCUGGGACCACCGUUGCCGAAGCCGCCCAACUCAUGGCCGCCAAGAGAGAAGAUUGUGUAUUGGUAACAGACGAAGAUGAUCGCAUUGCUGGUAUUUUCACGGCCAAGGAUCUGGCCUUUCGAGUGGUUGGUACCGGCCAGAAAGCCAACAAUGUUACUAUCGCCGAUAUCAUGACCAAGAACCCGCUAUGCGCGCGUACCGACACUAGCGCCACCGAGGCAUUGGAUCUCAUGGUUCGCAAGGGUUUCAGACAUCUUCCGGUUAUGGACGAGAACCAAGACAUCUCGGGUAUCCUCGACAUCACAAAAUGCUUUUACGAUGCCAUGGAAAAGUUAGAACGUGCGUACGCUUCUUCGACAAAGCUUUAUGCCGCUUUGGAAGGUGUACAAUCGGAACUAGGAACUAGCCAGCCUCAACAGAUUAUUCAAUAUGUCGAGGCACUACGUUCCAAGAUGUCGGGCCCGACCCUGGAGAGUGUGCUAAAUGGCAUGCCACCUACGACCGUGAGUGUCAGGACAACGGUAAAGGAGGCUGCAAUGAUGAUGAAAGAGAAUCACACCACCGCCGUGUUAGUUCAAGACCAAGGUCAGAUUACGGGUAUCUUCACGAGCAAGGAUGUCGUCCUGCGCGUCAUUGCUCCUGGUCUUGACCCCGCCACCUGCAGUGUCGUCCGUGUCAUGACGCCACACCCUGAUUUCGCCCCUAUGGAUAUGAGCAUUCAGGCUGCUCUUCGAAAGAUGCAUGAUGGCCACUAUCUUAACCUCCCCGUUAUGAAUGACCAGGGCGAGAUCGUUGGCAUGGUUGAUGUACUCAAGCUGACUUAUGCAACCCUGGAGCAGAUCAAUACCAUGGGUACGUCAGGUGACAGCGAAGGCCCUGCUUGGAACAAGUUUUGGCUUUCGCUAGACAACGAAACCGAGUCCAUGGUCUCGGGUGAUGGUAGCCACCAUCAUGGCACUAUGGCGUCUCGAUCUAUGAUGUCGCCUGACGCUACACGUGAACGUAUUAACGAUUCGGUGGCACCUGGUGAUAGUGCAUCACAUGUGGGGAUAGAAUCUUCGCCGAUACACUCCGCUGUAGCCCACCACCCCCCUGCCGAGGUUCCCUUCGCAUUCAAGUUCAAGGCUCCAAGCGGCCGUGUGCAUCGAUUGCAAGUCAUUGCAAGCGAAGGUAUCGCGCAUUUCGUUGAGAAUGUAGUUGCCAAGCUUGGCAGUGAAGUGGAAGCCAUUGGUGGAGCGCCAGUGGUAGAAGACGGUAACUUGAGCUCCGGUGGUUUUGCCUUAAGUUAUUUAGAUGAUGAGGGUGAUACGGUUAGCAUUACAACUGACCAGGAUCUACUCGAGGCAAUCCUCCUUGCGAGACAUAACCACCGCGAGAAGGUUGACCUAUUCGUGCAUGACCCCGAGAAACCCCCGGUCACUGUUGCUGCUCUCUUACCUGAGCCUAGUCACACGCCAGCUGCAAGCACCGCUCCCUCGGAUGUUCGUCGCCGACGACACGCAGCUGACGACGACGAGGAAGAAGAGGAAGAAAGUGAGGAGGAGGAUUUCUCGACCGUCAGACGUCGCAAGAAGAGCAACACAUUCACCGAGCCGGACCAAGUUAUCGCCGGCGUGCCUAACGAGCUCUUGCUACCCGGUGCUAUCGUCACUUUGGCAGUUGUCAUCGUGGGCGUGUUUGCCAUCUCGAGAGCGACCAGUCGGUAAAAGAACCCAAGUCCAAGUGUUUUGGAGUUUGAAGCAUUGCCAUUGGAGUUCUUGCGACUAUCGAGCUAUGGAGACUAAAGAUUAUUCGAGGAUGUAGAUAUUUCUGAAUCCAACACUGAUGACUGAUGCCAAUGGAACAUAGAUUUAAUAGCUACCCAGUUAACUAACUUAUACCUGUCUAUCAUGACCAAUUUAAGUCGCUCCAAGUUUAUACGUGAAGUUUUUUAUGGCUUCAGAUUUAGGGUGUUGUCUCCUUCAAGAUUCCUAUUUUCCUAAUGAUUCGUAAAAAAAAAAAAAAAGUGUAGCUAUAAUUAAGAGGCAAGUGAUCAUCGACAUGUGAUAGGUGUGGGUUGGAGGGGUACAAACGGCGGUACAAGCAAGGGCUAGAUAAGAAGCUUAUCUUCAAAUUGACCAGGGUUGAAGCGGAGCAGGAAAUACAUUAUCC